CCUAAACAGUGAAGGUUGUGUGUGUGUUGGGUUGCGAUGUCGGAUAUAGGAAGUGGCGAUGAAGGUUCAAGCUCGCAAAAAUAUCACCAGGGAAUGGAGCAGGGAAGCGAAUAUGACUCGGGUCAACAGGGUCAGGUUGAACAAGAACUGGCCACCAAAAUGUUACAAAUACAGAGUAAACGAUUCUAUUUAGACGUCAAACAAAACAGAAGGGGACGGUUUAUUAAAGUGGCAGAGAUUGGUGCCGAUGGUCGACGUUCACAAAUUUUCCUCGCAUUGUCGACUGCUGCCGAGUUUCGAGACCACCUCUCUGCCUUUAGCGACUUUUAUUCUUCACUCGGACCACCGAAUCCCGACAAUGUCCCCGAAGAUGGCAAGCUGAAGAGUGAGAUGAUGAUCAAGGACAACCGGCGGUACUACCUAGACCUAAAAGAGAACUCCCGGGGGCGUUUCUUGCGGGUGUCGCAGACGAUAACCAGGGGAGGGCCCAGGAGCCAGGUGGCGAUCCCGGCGCAGGGCAUGAUCGAGUUCCGGGAUGCCCUCACCGACCUGCUAGACGAAUUUAGUACCGACGAGCACGCGUAUAAACCCGACCUGCCCGAGGGACGGCAUAUGCAUGUCGACAACAAGAAUUUUUAUUUCGAUAUAGGUCAGAAUAAUCGCGGUGUGUACAUGCGUAUCUCCGAAGUGAAAACAAAUUUCCGAACAGCCAUCACCGUACCUGAGAAGAGCUGGCAGCGGUUCAGGGACAUCUUGAGUGAUUAUUGUGACAAAAUCAAGCAGCCGACACAGGGUUCCAGUGGGGGCAUAUCUUCGCAAGAUCAGCCACAUCCUUUGGUUGGCAACAACACCCCACAAGACACUGGGACAAGUUUAAAGUAGGCUAGCUGGCCAUUUUAGACUAUUAGAUUUAUUAAUAUAACAAAUUAUAAAAUUGGAUAGGUGCGGGAGUCGAUUUUUUUAACCUAUGAAUUUUCUCCCUUCAAUUCACGUGUGAUUUUUAAAUGUUUACGAGGUGGAAAGUCGACACUCGUCAAAAAAAAAACGAUCAGUUCAAGGAGUUGGUUUUUUGUGCAGUGUUAUGAACACUAUAAAUGUUAGAUUCUCUAUUAUAUGUUACAAAAUAAUACUAAAUUAUUUAUUUAGUUGUUUUUUUAAGUUGUUACUACGAUAGCGUGAGGACGGUUUUUUGCUUUUGGGUAAAUCGUAGUCGAGGAAAAAGCAUAUCAAAAGACAGUCGAAACGCCGCCAUCUGUUCUCAAUUAAAUUCGGACACUGUUGUUGUAUCGAAAUAAACUAGUAAAAAGAUGACAUCUUUGAUAUAAUUUAGAGAUAGAGAUCGAUUUUUUACUUUUUUUUGAUACAUUUUUUAGCGAGUUGUGAAACAAACACAAACUGCCAUAAUGUUAAGAACUGAUUUCCGAUUAAUUCUUAACAUCCGAUAAUAUCGUGCUGGUAUGCGACUUCUGGGCUGUAAUUUAUUCAAAAGUGUUCUUUUUUCGAGGUUUGAUGGGCACCACUUUUCUCUUGUGAUCUUUGAAUAACAUUAUGACAGUAUUAGAUACUGUUGUAGCUCUGUGAUUUUAUUAUUUUAUCUUUAUUGAAAAAGAAGCUUUAUAUUUUAUUAUUAAUGUUUAAAAAUCAUUGUUUAUACCUUUUUUCUUUUUUGUUACAGUUAUAAUAAAAAUUUAACCCUAUUUAUAUUAAUCAUUUGCUUUACCAAAAGCUUUAAGAAAAAAAAAAUUCCCUAUAUAUAUAUAUAUGUAUAUCGAUAAAUUAUAAUGUGUAUAACCAUCGUAGGGUAGGUUAGGUUCUAAAGGACCAUGAAAUUUUUACGUAUUUGUUAAUUGUCAAGAUGUUUUCACUGCCAGUUAAGUGCUUAGUAAAUUUUCGACAAUAUUUUCAAACAUUUCUAUUGGUUUUUUAACUAAAAUUAGUGGGAGACGCCGAACCGGCGUUAGCCAACGCAAGGGAACGUACCGUAUUGGAUAUAUUCUACUUAGAGGUAGCGGUAAAUGUUUUAUGAUUUGCCCAUUGGUGAAACUCCUUAGGUAUAGUCUUGAGCGGUCUCGAUGUUACUGGAAAAAUCAAUGUAUGCCGUUAUAUGAUAACUUACACACACACACACACGACGAAGCAAGCGUUUCUGUUACAGUUACUGCGUAACCUCACUUUUAAGGUGGUGCCCCCUAGAGAGUUUAAAAAAACAAGAAACAUGGAGAUAGCGAUUCUAUUUUCACGGGUAUAGCUCACAAUUAUAAUAUACAUUCUAUGGAAACAUUGUGAUUAGAGGUUUCUUUAAUUUUAAUGUGGUUUUUCAUCAAAAUUUUAUAUAUAGUAAACAAAUUACAUAACGUUUUCCCCCCCCUUCACGACGACAAUUUAUUUUUAUCCGCUAUUAUUAGAGAUUUUUUUUAUUUUUGUAGUACUAGUCAACUAAGUUUUCUUUCGAGGGGCGCUGCGGAAUCCGAACGCUUCCGUUCCUUCGCUAGAAAAGCUCGUGUAGGCAAUUAUAAGCGGUAUCUUUGAAUUUUGCUAAAAGUUGUUAGACUACGCAAUCUGAACCUCGUUUGUGGACUUUUAUUGAAAAGCCCGGACCCAAAGGGCGGGUCGUGCCCUUCCGAUCAUUUCCGUACAAAUUCUUGAUUCUAGUACAACAAACAUGGCCCGGCGGGUUUUUGGGUUCGGGAUUUUUUUUGUUUCAGCUAGAUCUUACGAACAAGCGUCCGGAUUCCUGCCCCGAUAUUUCCCAAAACCUAAACUCAAAAGAGUAGCUUUUUAGUAAUACAAAUUAUAUAUUAUAAAAAUUAAUUAAUGUUGCGAGAUUAUGUAUGUACUGGAAUUUUCUAAUAAAAACAGAAUAUUGAGAUUUUCCGUUCCUCUGGAUUCUUUCCCGCGCGCCGGUGUCACGGGAGGUGCCCCUGGCUCGGCCCACGUUCCAAUUUUUAAGGGACAUAUAUAGGAUUACGGCGAGUUUCGUUGCGGGUCAAGGGUACCUUCGUUCGGGCGGUGUUCUCUCUGCACUAACGUUACGAAAAAAUCAUCUCCCAUAAAUUUGAUUUUUCACCCGAAAGAAUCCAGGGGAGGUUUUAGGUAAACCCGAGAACUUUUAAAAGUACGAAACAUCUGCCAUCCAUAUAACAAAGAGCAUUAUGAUUUGAUUCUUGAGUUUGUUCGUCGAUUGUACUUUUCAAAGUUUGGAUCAUUUAACAUUAUUAUGGAAAUACUUAUAUAGAAAUGUGUAGAAUUCUAUUUAUGCUUAUUUGUGAUAAACAUAAAUAGGAAAUGGCUGUAAAUAUGUGUCAAUUUGAUCAUUGGCGGAUAACGAGAUCAAAAAUUAUUUUUGAUAACUAAAUGUGAUAAAACUAAAAACACUUAAUAAAAAGCAAUUGGUAGUAAGCAUCAAGAGAAAGGAGUUUCGGAAUAAUUUAACAAAAGUAAAAGCCGCCGUCUUCAUCGGCGACGAAGGGACACUUUGUUUCGUUUCGUAUAGUCAGACACCCGUACUACUGCCUACCAUUACUUUCCCGUAACGAAUUGGCAACAUUAGAGCCACAUUGUGUUCAAAUAUUAUAAAAUUAACUGUGAUAAGUUUACUCGAAUUCGUUAAAUUUCAUUAGAAAUCGUUCCAAUUAAAAUUUCCUUCGUUUUACUCUUCAUUGGCUUCUUAACUUCCUUUGAAAAUUAGAAAUAAUUGGUGUUAUAUUAUUUUGUACAUAAACACAUAUGAUUGGAGAUGAUAAAAUUGACACAUAUAUUUAUUAAUAUAGAAUAAGGUAUCGUGUUUGACAUAAGAAAAAAAAAUUCAUUGGUAAACUAGAUGUUAUAUUAAGUAGGAGAAGUUUCCCAGAAAAUUAUCUCCGCAUCGAUAUCCCUAAUCGUUUUUUUUUAUCGAUAAUUACUUUAACACUGUUAUUU